CCAGGGCGACAUACAUCGACAAAUAGAGCCGUUCUCAUCGACUUGCUUGAGAAUAAUUGAGAAUACCUACCAUCCCGGCCAACAGUGGCGACAUCUCAUCAAUUCGUCAUGCCUUUCAACGACAACGCACUAGUGGCAGUGCCCCUUCACGUUCAAAUGGAACAGACCACCGAUAAAAUACUGCUGCAAACCAAGGUCAAUGCUGACUUCCGCAGGGAUAGUGGUGUGAGCAUUGCGGAAGAGGAUGCAUCGGUCGUGAAAUUUCAACACCAUCCCGAGUGCAAUCUUGUCGGCUUGAAUGGCUUGGCUGGGAAUGGGUUGGAUGGGCUUAGCACCGGUACCUUUAUGGUCGAAGCUGUCAUGCCCGUGAGGUACACCAUCGAAGUGGUUACCCCCCUCUUCGAUAUUGUCAACAAGACACUUCUGCGCACAGUUGAUGAUGCACACCCUCCACAGUUAAGCACAGCCACUUCUCUUCCGUCAUCCGCCACGCAAGUUCGUCGGUUCAUAGUUAUUGACGCAAAUGUGUGCGAUUUGUAUAACGCCGCAUUGCAGCAGUACUUCGCCCAUCACAAUGUUCAGAUAGCCCUCCAUCGCAUCAAACCGGACGAGGAAAACAAGAACAUUGAGCAGGUGCUGUCCAUUUGCACGGCGAUGCAGAAGUUCAACAUUGACAGACGCAGAGAGCCGAUCAUAGCUAUUGGUGGCGGAGUAACGCUCGACAUUGCUGGUCUGGCGGCGAACCUGUAUCGCCGCAAUACCCCCAUCAUCAAGGUUCCCACCACCCUGAUAGGAAUGGUUGAUGCGGCAGUCGGUGUGAAGACGGCCGUCAAUCUCAACGGCGGCAAGAACAAGAUCGGGACUUAUUGUGCCCCGCUGGCUGUCUUCGUUGACAUCAGCUUCCUCAGAACCCUCGCUGACCGCCAUGUCCGAAAUGGUUCCGCGGAAAUCCUCAAGAUGGCAUGUGUUAAAGAUUACAAACUUUUCGUCCUGCUGGAGGAAAUGGCGAAGGACCCCUCCUCCUUUAAAGGCGAUGUUUACUUGAACAGCGAAGAAAUAAUGCGACGGGCAAUCCAAGGAAUGCUGGAGGAAUUAGAGCCUAACCUAUGGGAGUUCAACCUCCGUCGUGUUGUGGAUUACGGUCACACGUUCUCCCCAUGUCUGGAAAUGGCCGCUCUUUCCUCCGAGUCGUCGCUGUUGCAUGGAGAAGCAGUCUGCAUAGACAUGGCGUUGACGACAAUCGUUGCCCGGAACCGAGGCCUACUUUCUUCAGCGGAAGCCGUGCGGGUUAUCAACCUUAUGAGGAAUCUCGGGUUGGCCAUCUCCCAUCCCAAGCUGACAUCUUCCUGCUGCGCGCAAAGCUUGAAGGAUGUUACGGCUGGCCGAGGGGGGUUUCAGCGCACCCCUCUGAUGCACGGAAUCGGAGAAGCAACCUUCGUCGAUGAUCUGACAAUCUUCGAGUUAGAGAAAGCCUUAUGCAACCUAAAUAACAUUUAAAAGCAGCUUUUCUUCCUGUAUUUAUCUCGAUCGCUUUGACGUUUGUUUUUCGAUUCAAUUCAAU